GACAGUUGGGUGAGGGAGAGGGCGUGGCGCUUCGCGCGCGCUUACUGCAAUAACUGAGAGCAUACAUACAGGCGCGGGGCUGCCGUGGCCAGCUUGAGGAGAGCGCGAGCGAGUGCGGCCCAGUGCGCGUGCGCAGCGGCGGUGAUUUUUUUUUUCCCCGCCCGCUGCCUCUUCCCGCUGUGACAGCCGAACCGUUGCCUCUGCGCAUGCUUGCUCGAGUCGCGAGGGAGGACUUAAAGCGCGCGUGCGCGCCUUCCCUCCGCUCCUCCCGUAUUAUAUAGGCGGGGCCGGCUUCUUUUUCGCAAGUCGGUCGGGCGAGUUGCGCGCAUGUGCAUUGCUGCCGGCCGCUGCGAGCCAGUCAACCCGGGCGGAGAGUUUGUGAGGGAAGCAGCGAGGCGGGCCGGCUGGGCAGGCGCCCCCUUCCCGUCUGCCACUUCCGAAAGGCCGGCCUGCCGGCUGGCUGCCUUGCUGACGCUGAGGGCGAGCCGGCGCGAUCCGAGCCGCGAAGCGUCGCCCAGAAGACCCGAGGGCGGAGGAGACUCCCAGGCCUGCUCUGUGUGACAGACGGGGAGGCCUCCGCGCCCCUCACCCAUGAGGCCCCGCCCCUUCGCUUUUAGCCCCACCCCCGCCAUCUAGUGGGAGGGGCUUUCUCACUCCUCUUUCUCCAGCAUGACAUAGUGUUAAAUCAAGCAGCAUCCCCCAUCCCACCCCCAUAUAUGCCACUAGCUCUUCAUUCUCUUUGUUGGCAGAUAUAAGGUGAGGGGGGCCUGCCCUGUAUCUCAUCUCCCCACCCCCACUGGCCCCUUUCUCCAAUUUGGAGCCUUCGUGGUUUGUCGGUCACAGACCAGUGAACUUUUGGGCUUUCCUCCUUUGCCCAGCUAGGUGUCCUGCCUGGAUUUUUUGGUGGUGGUGGGUGCAGCAACAACCCUUUGCACCUCCUGUGGAUGCCUGCCUCUCUAUCGCCAUCAUCAUGGGCAAGGUGCUGUCCAAGAUCUUUGGCAACAAGGAGAUGCGGAUCUUGAUGCUGGGCCUGGAUGCAGCGGGCAAGACCACCAUCCUGUACAAACUGAAGUUGGGUCAGGCGGUCACAACUAUCCCUACUGUGGGCUUCAACGUGGAGACGGUGACUUACAAAAAUGUCAAGUUUAACGUAUGGGAUGUUGGGGGCCAGGAUAAGAUCCGGCCACUGUGGCGGCACUACUACACAGGCACUCAGGGCCUGAUAUUUGUGGUAGACUGUGCCGACCGGGACCGCAUUGAUGAGGCUCGGCAGGAAUUGCACCGCAUAAUCAAUGACCGAGAGAUGCGGGAUGCGAUCAUCCUUAUCUUUGCCAACAAGCAGGACCUUCCUGAUGCCAUGAAGCCACAUGAGAUCCAAGAGAAACUAGGCCUGACCCGAAUCAGGGAUAGGAAUUGGUAUGUUCAGCCAUCCUGUGCCACCUCGGGAGAUGGACUCUACGAAGGACUGACAUGGUUAACAUCUAACUAUAAGUCCUAAUGAUCAUUUUUUUAAAAAAAAAAAUGACAAAACUAUUAUUAGUCUUCAAGAGAGUUUAGAGAGGAAAAGAAACACUGUGGCUUCCCAAGAAAGAAUGAUCCUCCAUACUAAAAUGUUCAAAAAUUAAGCAUCCAUAGGAUUACAGUGAUUGCUCACUUCUUCGCCAGUUACUACCCUCUUCUUCUGCGUACUUGACUGGAUCCCCAGUUUAAUACAAUUCUUGCUUGUUAAGAUGCUCUAAUGUUCAGCUGUGAAUGAACACAAGCACUAGUUUCUAUGGCAAGCUUCCAGCAACAUGGGGGAAACACACGUAACUUUGCAAAGUAACUUUUCUCCUAAGGGAACCCUUGUUAACGAUGAUUUUGACUUCAUUUGUUUGAGUCUUGGGGCUAAGGCAUCACUUUUUUUAAAUGUAUGCUUUCUGAUUUGGUUCCCCCCCCCCAUCCCUUCUUCAUUAUCGUCUGCUGUAGAUUUGCUUCAUUUUGCAACCAUGCAGAAUAUGUUGCUAGGUCUCUUAUUAUCUAGUAAACUGAAAACUAUUGCUUAUGAACACACUGCAGUCUGUCUUCUUUAUGGUAAGAGCUUACCUGUAACUAAAACCCUAAAAUUUUGAUCUCCUUUUAUCUGGCCUUAUGACAAAUUGCAAAGGUAGCAUUUAGAAUAAAUGUAUGGUUGCUUACUGGGCCUGAUAUUGGCCAGGUAAAUCAAGAACCACUUCAAAAUGUUAGCUGUGGGAGGUUAUCAACCAAGUAUCAUGCAUGAAUAAGGAUGCAAAUAAGUUACAUUCUAAAUAGCAACCAUGUGCAAGGUGAUAUGAGUCUAGUGUCAAACCACUGUUCCUGUAUUUUGCAUUGUAAAGUUAUUUUUUCUGCGGCACUGUUAAGUAGUUGUGUUACUUUACAGGUUCAGUGCAAAAAUGCUUUCAUCCCAUAAAGUGCAGCAAUAAUUUGUAAGCCUCACUGUGUGACAGACAUUACUUUUUUAAAAAAAAUCAUAAACCUAGAAUCAAAACUUGAAUGUUAUUCAUGUCUUAACAAUUGAGACAGAUGGCAGUAUCACAAUUGGUUUAAAACUUCUGAAACGUAAAUAGAAUAUCUGUAGACCUUUUAGCUUGGCUUCUAAGAUGCAUCUUUAUUAACCUGAGGGGGUGGGGGUAAUCUGCGUCUACUUCUAUAUCAUGAUUUGAUUAAGUCCUUCUAAGAAUUUAUUGAGAUUUAUCACAAUGAAGGAAGGAUGUGCCAACUUGGUUUUGCAGAUACUACUAAUUUAAAUUAAACAAAUGAUUGUCUUUUGAAGUUGCUUUUCUUUCAUCUCCUACAAAACCAUACUGAAUUCAUGCAGGCAUUAACAGACAAAUUCUGGCCUGGUAGUACCUUUAUUUGAUCUGUUUUGGAUGUGUAAAGCCCUUUGGAAGGGUGGCUGAUGAGUGAGCAAACGACUAUGAAUGUAAACUUCCAUGUUCCAUUUCCAAGGGCAAGCAUCUCAUUUGUCAGAUCACAGCUUUCAAAUGUCUGAUUAGUUGUACGGAGGGAAAUGAUUGUGAAUUCAGGUGAGCAUAAAAAUGGUUUCAAUCAAGUAUUAAUACUGGGUGCAAAAUUGUAAAGCAACUGGUUCUUACUCAGCCUUAAGGAUUAAUUUCAGAUUUCCUCAAGGAGUAAAACUUGUGAGGAAUUUUAGGAAUGUAUUGCUACAAAACCAGAAGAAAAUUGCUUUUGCUGAAGGGUAUGAGUUUGAAAUAAAAUCGGGGCAUUACACUA